AUGGGAAAUGCAAACCUAUCGAGCCUAUUGCGUGAACUACGAGAACGCAUAGCGUCAUCAUCGUCAACUUCCACUUCCACUUCCACUCUUACUCCCUCAGACGACGACGCUUUGGAGGUCAGGUUCCGAAACGUUCUUCCGAAUCUUCUACACGCUUAUGUGGUCCCUUCUUCCUCCGCAAAUGAGAGAGAAGUGAUUGCUGUGGUUAAGCUCAUCUCUCACACCGCUAGAAACUUCCCUCGAGUGUUUUACCAUGGCAAACCCUCCGCUAUUUUACCAAUCCUCGCUCGCUUACUCCCUUUCUUCGCAGAACCUAUUUUUCGUUCUCGUCAUGGAGUUUUCUUCGAAACACUCGCUUCGCUUUUAUCAUUGCUUCGAUCCGGAGCACGAGAUGCUUACAGACAGUUCUUUGUUGAUUCCAUUUUACUCAUUCAAGGUUCUAUUUACUUACUUAACAUCAUCUUCGUUAAUUAUGUUUCGUACGUGGCUUCACUCGAUGGAUACUCUAAGGCUACUAUCAAGUGUUUUUCUGAAUCCUUUUCUGGAAUUGGAGAUCUUCCAUCAACGAACAAACCUGUUGAUGGAUGUGGUUUGUUGAUUGACCUCAGUGGUCGAAGCAGAUGGCAACCUUUUGCAACUUGGAUUUUGAAGCUUCUCGGCAAAUGUCUAACUGAAGGAACACUUCAUGUUGAAGGAUUGAUCCAUGCAUCGUUUGUCUCUGCCGCAUGUUCUCUUAUAUGCUAUGGGGAUGCCGAUCUGCAUAUGGCAUGCUUUGACUUUGUACACAUCAUUGCAACGGUGACAAACUAUGAUAUCAUUCCUUAUCAGAAUUUAAUCCGGUCAAUAUCUACUAUCUUGAAUUUUCACAAGGAGGGGCUUCCUGUUUUCAGAAACAUGGCUUAUGAUUCAUCCAUGGGUAUUUGCCUCAAUGCACUCUACUCUAGCUGUCCAGAAGAUAUUAUCAAAUUAACAGCUGCUGAUUUAGUCAGUGUAUUCCUCCAAUCGAUGUGGAGAACCAAAAGCCAGGAACUGAAGGUUGCACUAUGCAGUGCCUAUGCUCGGAUUGCUCAAGUUUGCCCCCCUCAUAUCUGGCAGCCAGAAUAUCUCAUAUAUGCUCUCUAUCAUUCAGAACCAUUCUUGCCUUUAAUAGAGUGCUUUCAGGUAGCUCUUUCUACUCUUGGUCCGUGUCUUGUUGGGGGAAUCCAAGGAAACAAGAAGACUUUGGCAUAUGAAGAUACGUCAAUUGAAAGCUUGAGGCUUGGCCAAAAGAGGCCUAUUCAGGAUAUGGAUAAUUUGAAGAUCAAGAGGCAAAAAUUAAAUGAAGAAACUGUUGUUGCAGAUGCCAGUCUUGAGAUGGAAUGCAAAUAUAGUUGUAUAGUUGCUUGCCAAAGAGUAGAAGAUUAUGCUAACCAUAUGAAUAAGUCUCUUCUUUCAUUUGUUCAAUCAUUAAAUGCUCCUACUAUCAGACCUGGUUAUUUAAGACCAGAUAUUGCUUUAUCUGCACUUAGCAUGCUGUGCAUUGCCUUCUCUAUUUAUCCAGAGACCGAUCUGUCUCUCAGAAUCUUCCAGCAGAUGCUUGCAUGGCUUCCUUGGAUAGCUGAACAGGGAAAACAAGGAAAUUCGAUUACUGUAGAUGUUUCCACCUACCUGGAAGGAAUUCACAGUGUAUUGCUUUCACGAAGUGCCUCUUUCAAAGAGAACAACCCAUUGCAAGAUGAGAAUUACCAUGCAAACCUUAUGCUUUUAGUGCUUAAACUUCCCUGGACUCAUACGCUUCUUGGUAUUGAUAAUCAUUGUCCAUGGAAAGCGAAAUGCCUUUCUCUUCAAGUAGUAUCCAAGCUAGGCCCAAGCUUGAACAGCGAAGCUGUUCUUGAAGUUUUAGAUUUGGGUCUUCAUGAUGAAGCUGAUGAAGUCAGAACUGAAGCUGCCAUUUCUAUGCCAGUGAUGGUUUUGUGGUCUGGUCUCGAUGUAUUAUCUCCUGUCUUUAAAAGGAUGGAGUACUUAAAGAGAGAUAAUGAGAAGGUCAAGAAGUUUGUUCCCAUUUCUCUUGGCCUAUUGUCAUGCCUUUAUGGAUGCAGAAGAGCUGUAUCUAGUGUACAUAUAAAUGCAUGCAAAUUAUUUCUAAACGAUAAGAGUGGAAGAAAAUGUUGGACGGUAGAUAAUUUACUGCAAGGUUUCAGCUGUUCAAAGUGUGACAGAAAUUUUAUUUGUAAUCAUGAUGAGCAGCAACCUCUAAUCAUUCAUCGAUGUGAUAUGCAUGGAGCAGAUGCAGAUGUUAGUUUGGAAUGUAAUUUCAUUCAAUUGCAGUCUUUAUUUUUUGAACUUAUUUUUGAUGAGUCAUCAGAUGUCCAAAUUUCCUGUGUGAGAGUUAUUCAUCGGAUCCUUGGUCAUGGAGACUCUGAUAUUCUGCUCAAAACAAGAUUUGAGUGGAUAAAAUGUGUAGAAUUUCUUCUGACUAGCAGGAGCAAAGAAUUAAGAGAAGCAUUUUGCAGUCAGAUUAGUUCCUUUGUGGAUGAUCAUGUUUUUGGUUUAAUUUUUGCUGGAGAAACUGACAAAUGUAAGGAGCAAAAAUUAUUGGAUACAAUUAAACAUGCCAUGACAGUAGCUGAUAGUCCACAUAUAUUAGAGAGUAUAAUGGAAUGUGCAGCAGAAAUAAUGGUUGCUGUUGAUAUAGAUAGCAAACUGUUCUUAUGUUCUCUUAUACUGUUGGUUGAUCAGCUUGAUAGCAUACAUGUGACUGUAAGAAUGAAUGCAUCAAGGUUAAUUCACAAAUCUUGUUAUUUCCAUCUUAAAGGAGGUCUGGAGCUAAUUCUUUCUAAAGGUGCUCAUAUUCGUAAUGAACUAUAUGAUUAUCUCUGUGAGAGACUUGCCAGCCGCCCAGUCUUAGUUAGGGAGUUCGCAGAAGCUGCUUUUGGUGUUGAGACUGGAGAACUUGUCAAGAAAAUGAUUCCAUUUGUUCUCCCAAAGCUUGUGGUGUCUCAGCAGGAUAAUAGUCAAGCAGUUGACACCUUAUAUGAGUUGGCCAAGUGUUUGAACACUGAUAUGGUGUCUCUGAUAAUUAACUGGCUGCCAAAAGUGCUUGCUUUUGCUCUUCAUCAAACAGAUGACCGACAGUUACUUUCUGCUGUGCAGUUUUACCAUGCGCAGAUUGGUUCUGACAAGCAGGAAAUAUUUGCAGCUGCAUUACCAGAUCUUCUAGAUGAACUUGUAUGCUUUACAGAUGGUGGUGACUCAGAUGAGACAAAUAGAAGAUUAGCAAGAGUGCCUCAGAUGAUUAAAGGCAUUGCUAAAGUUCUCACUGGCGGGGAAGAUCUUCCAGGUUUUUUGAGGAAUCAUUUUGUUCACCUUCUUAACAGUAUAGACAGAAAAAUGCUUCAUGCUGAUGAUUUUGUGCUUCAGAGACAAGCAUUGAACCGUAUAGAGAUGCUGAUUAGAAUGAUGGGUUCUCAUCUUAAUACUUAUGUGCCUAAAUUGAUGGUUCUUCUCAUGCAUGCCAUAGAUAAAAAAUCACUGCAAAAGGAUGGUCUGUCUGUCUUGUAUUUUUUCAUAAAGCAAUUGGCUGAAGUAUCGCCAUCUAGCAUUAAACAUAUAAUUUCUCAAGUUUUUGCUUCCCUUCUCCCCUUUUUGGAGAGAGACAAAGAAAAUCCCUCAACACAUUUGCACCAAGUGGUAAAAAUUUUAGAAGAACUUGUUUUUAAGAACAGGGUUAUCCUAAACCAGCAUAUAUGUGAGUUCCCCCCGCUGCCCAGCAUACCUGCUUUGACUGAAGUGAACAAAGCAAUUGAGGGUGCUCGUGGGUCAAUGACUUUGAAGGAUCAACUGCGAGAUGUAGUUGAUGGUUUAAAUCAUGAGAAUUUAAAUGUGAGGUACAUGGUAGUAUGUGAGCUUCGCAAGCUUCUGAACUUGAGAUGGAAGGAUGUUACAGCUCUAAUAACUGCUGAAGCUGGUUCAGAUUUGGAUGUCUCGAGUUCUUUGAUCACAUCAUUAUUAAGAGGAUGUGCAGAAGAAUCAAGGACCACAGUUGGGCAGCGGUUGAAGUUAGUCUGUGCUGAUUGUCUUGGAGCCCUUGGUGCCGUUGACCCUGCUAAAGUAAAAGGUUUUUCAUGUCAACGUUUCAAAAUUCAAUGCUCUGAUGAUGACCUCAUAUUUGAGCUGAUCCACAAACAUCUAGCUCGGGCAUUUAGAUCCGCACCUGAUACUGUUAUUCAAGACUCUGCUGCGUUGGCUAUACAGGAGCUGCUAAAGUUUGCUGGUUGUGAGGCAUCACUGGAUGGGAAUGCUUCAACUUCAACAUCACAGGCACAGAAUGAUGAAGAUAAUUGCAAAGAUGUUGCAUCUGAGAUUAAGAGUACUAAUGGUAGUAAUGGGAUGAAUAAUAGGGGCCAGAAAUUAUGGGAUCGAUUCUCUAAUUAUGUGAAGGAGAUAAUAGCCCCAUGCUUAACAUCUAGGUUUCAGCUUCCUAAAGUGGCUGAUUCAACAUCUACUGGCCCUAUUUACCGCCCAUCAAUGUCAUUUAGAAGAUGGAUAUUCUUUUGGAUAAGAAAACUGACUGUGCAUGCUACUGGAUCUCGUGCAAGCAUCUUUAAUGCUUGUCGAGGUAUUGUACGCCAUGAUAUGCAAACGGCAAUAUAUUUGCUUCCCUACAUGGUUCUUAAUGCCGUCUGUAAUGGUACUGAGGAGGCACGUCACAGCAUAACAGAAGAGAUCCUAUCUGUUCUUGACGCAGCUGCAUCAGAGAACAAUGGUGUUUCAGUUAAUGGGUUCAGCGGGGGUCAAAGUCAAGUUUGUAUUCAAUCGGUGUUUACUCUUCUUGAUAAUCUUGGACAAUGGAUGGAUGAUGUUGAACAAGAGCUUGCUCUUUCCCUUUCUCACUCAUUGGUUUCUAAGCAACAAAAAUCGAAGGAUCAAAGUCCAAAUUCUUUGAAAGAUCAGGACCAGCUCCUUAUACAGUGUAAAUAUGUUUCAGAGCUUCUAUCUGCGAUUCCAAAGGAGACUCUUGCUAGGGCUUCCUUUAGGUGUCAGGCUUAUGCAAGGUCUUUGAUGUACUUUGAGUCUUACGUGAGGGAAAAGUCAGGUGCUUUCAACCCUGCUGCUGAGAGGAGUGGCAUCUUUGAGGAUGAAGAUGUUUCCCAUCUUAUGCAAAUAUACAGCUGUUUGGAUGAGCCAGAUGGACUAUCUGGCUUGUCAUGUUUAAGUAAAUGUUUGAGGUUACAGGAUCAGCUAUUAAUGAACAAAAAGGCUGGGAAUUGGGCUGAUGUUUUAACUUCCUGUGAACAAGCUUUGCAGAUGGAGCCAACCUCAGUUCAGAGGCAUUCAGAUGUUCUUAAUUGUUUGCUAAACAUGUGCCACCUUCAGGCCAUGGCCACUCAUGUUGAUGGUUUAAUUUCUAGGAUUCCUAAGUACAAGAAAGCAUGGUGCAUGCAAGGUGUGCAGGCAGCCUGGAGGCUUGGUAGGUGGGAUUUGAUGGAUGAGUACCUUAGUGGAGCUGAAGAAGAAGGUUUAGUUUGUAGUAGCUCUGAAAGUAAUGCUUCAUUUGACUUGAAUGUUGCGAAGAUUCUCCAGGCAAUGAUGAAGAGGGACCACUUCUCAGUUGCAGAGAAAAUUGCUUUAUCGAAGCAGUCACUAAUUGCUCCCCUUGCGGCUGCAGGAAUGGAUUCUUACAUGCGGGCCUACCCAUUUGUUGUAAAGCUUCACUUUCUACGGGAAUUGGAGGACUUCCAUUCUCUUCUGGGUAAUGACUCUUUCUUAGAGAAAUCAUUUCACUUAGGUGAUCUAGCUUUCUCUAAAUUAGUGGACAACUGGGAAAAUCGACUCAGGUUUACACAGUCAUCACUCUGGGCUAGGGAGCCACUCUUGGCUUUCAGGAGACUGGUUUUUGGUGCAAGUGGUCUUGGUGCUCAAGUUGGCAAUUGCUGGCUUCAAUAUUCAAAGCUAUGUCGCUUGGCUGGUCAUAAUGAAACGGCCAACAGAGCAAUUUUAGAAGCUCAGGCCUCUGGUGCACCUAAUGUCCAUUUGGAAAAAGCAAAACUGCUCUGGAGCACCAGGCGGUCUGAUGGUGCCAUUGCAGUGUUGCAACAAUCUCUCCUGAACAUGCCUGUUGAGGUUUUAGGCUCUGCUGCAAUAUCAUCUAUUACUAGCCUUUCCCUCGUACCACUUAACCCUGUGCCCAUUGUUUGUGAAAGUCAAGCUCUGAAUGAGAACAUAGAUAUUGCAAAGACGCUUCUUCUGUACUCCAGGUGGACUCAUUACACUGGGCAGAAACAGAAGGAAGAUGUAAUAAGUCUUUAUACCAGGGUGAGGGAACUGCAGCCCAAAUGGGAGAAAGGAUACUUCUAUAUGGCCAAGUAUUGUGAUGAAGUGCUUGGUGAUGCCAGGAAACGCCAGGAGGAGAAUUUUGAACUUGGUCCUAGACUGGUUUCUUCAGCAACUGCUGUUGGCUCUUCAAACUUGAAUGGUGAGCGGCGUUGGUGGUCCUAUGUUCCCGAUGUGCUGUUAUUCUAUGCAAAGGGACUUCACAGGGGACACAAGAAUCUAUUUCAGGCACUUCCAAGGUUAUUAACCCUGUGGUUUGACUUUGGGAGCAUGUAUCAAAGAAGUGGUUCAUCAAACAAGGACCUAAAGAAUGUACACGGGAAGGUAAUGAGUAUUAUGAGAGGCUGUUUGAAGGAUUUACCAACGUACCAUUGGUUGACAGUGCUGCCUCAAUUGGUUUCAAGAAUUUGCCACCAGAAUGAAGAAAUUGUUCGACUGGUCAAACUUAUCAUCACCUCUGUUCUCCGCCAGUAUCCACAACAGGGCCUAUGGAUUAUGGCUGCAGUUUCAAAAUCCACUGUUCCUUCAAGGCGGGAAGCAGCAGCUGAAAUCAUACAAGCUGCACGUAAAGGUUUCAGCCUGGGAAGUAACGAGAACAAUUUGUUUGUUCAAUUUGCUAGCCUGAUUGAUCAUCUAAUCAAGUUGUGCUUCCAUGCUGGUCAGUCAAGAGCAAGGACAAUUAAUAUCUCAACUGAAUUUAGUGCUCUUAAGAGGAUGAUGCCCCUGGGAAUUAUAAUGCCAAUUCAACAAUCUCUUACUGUUAAUCUGCCAACAUAUGAUGGGAAUCUGGGUGAUUCACAUAUGUCUAAUAUCUUUUCUGCCACAGAUCUUCCUACUAUAUCAGGCAUUGCUGAUGAGGCUGAAAUUCUUUCGUCUCUUCAGCGGCCUAAGAAAAUCAUUCUACUUGGCAGUGAUGGCCUUGAGCACCCUUUUCUUUGCAAACCCAAGGAUGAUCUCCGCAAAGAUGCCCGCAUGAUGGAGUUUACUGCAAUGAUUAACCGAUUGCUAUCCAAAUAUCCUGAAAGUCGUCGAAGGAAGCUCUAUAUUCGCACAUUUGCUGUGAUUCCUCUAACAGAGGACUGUGGCAUGGUAGAGUGGGUGCCCCACACUCGCGGACUUCGACAAAUUCUUCAAGACAUCUAUAUUACUUGUGGAAAAUUUGAUAGACAGAAAACUAAUCCUCAAAUUAAACGAAUUUAUGAUCAAUGUCAAGGUAAAAUGCCAGAGGAUGAGAUGCUAAAGAACAAAAUCCUUCCAAUGUUUCCUCCCGUUUUCCACAAAUGGUUCUUGACAACAUUUUCUGAGCCUGCUGCAUGGUUCAGGGCCCGUGUUGCUUAUGCUCACACGACUGCAGUUUGGUCCAUGGUUGGUCAUAUUGUUGGACUGGGUGACCGGCAUGGCGAAAAUAUUCUUUUUGAUUCUACCAGCGGUGAUUGUGUUCAUGUUGAUUUCAGUUGCUUAUUUGAUAAGGGCUUGCAGUUGGAGAAGCCCGAGCUUGUUCCUUUUAGGCUAACCCAGAACAUGAUUGAUGGCUUAGGCAUCACUGGGUAUGAAGGUGUCUUCUUGCGGGUUUGUGAAAUUACACUUUCUGUACUGAGGACGCACAGGGAGACUCUUAUGAGCGUGCUUGAAACUUUCAUCCAUGAUCCUCUUGUGGAAUGGACAAAAUCUCACAAGUCCAGUGGUGUAGAAGUUCAGAAUCCACAUGCACAGCGAGCCAUUAAUAAUAUUGAGGCAAGGUUAGAAGGAGUGGUGGUUGGUGUUGGAGCUGCUCCGUCAUUGCCUCUUGCUGUAGAAGGUCAAGCUCGCAGACUAAUUGCUGAAGCAGUCUCUCAUAAGAAUCUUGGAAAAAUGUAUAUAUGGUGGAUGCCUUGGUUUUGAAGAAGACGGGUUGAGAAGAUCUUCUCAUAAUAAUUCAGACACGUACGAUGUCAUUAGUUUCAUUUCCUCCGUCAGUUUAACUCUUGAAUCUGUGGUUGUGUACAGAGCGGAGUGAUCUAGAGAUUCAACCAGCAAGCAGAUCAAGGACUGGAAUUUUGGUAAAGGGAGCCGUGUACUAUGGGGCCAUCUCUCACAACUGAAUGAACAAAAUAGCAUUUAGGUGCUUCCAAAUGUACACGACUUGAUUAGGCAAACUUUGGGAAGCAGAGAUUUCACCUCAUCAUGGGGUUGGGCAAGGACGCGACUGAAUGGAGCUUCACGCUACAUGGUUGCAACUGUGCCUUCUCUGCUUAACAGGGAUCCAUCCCAUACAAGCAUGCUUGGAGUUGGAAGCAGUGUUCUGUUUGUAUUUUCUUUAUUAGGGUAAUUCCGGACAUGUUCCUUCUUACAUGAGGGCACAAAACUCCGUAUCUCCAUAUAUAAUUACUCCAUUGCAUAUGAAUGUCAGUUAAUAUUUUUGCU